GACAGUUUAGAUAUGAAAGGGGAGAGAGCGAGGGGGAAUGGCAUGCAGCACAAGGGCCGCAGGUCGGACUCGGACCCGCGGCCGCUGCGUCGAAGACUGCGCCUCUGUAGAUGGACGCGCGCUCUACCAGCCUUUUCACUUCAGAGCCAAGAUCCAUCUGUUGAAUAUGUGUCUGGCCCAGCGGAGGGAGAGAUCGUUUCAGCUGCAGGCACUGAAAAAAAACAAGGAACGAGGAAGGACCCAGUGUGCAUCACUCGGCUACUGACAGUCAUGGCGACCAUUGUGAUGGAGAGAAUUGGGCGAGUGUUCAUCAGCCUGCAGCAGAUCAGGGAGCUUCCUCGGAUGCUGACUGAUGCUGCACCCUCCAUGCCCGGCACCGUAAGAGACACCGAGGUUCCCUACUACUUCAGGGAGCGCUACGUCUGCACCGGCUACCGGCCACUCUACCAAAACUGGCGCUAUUACUUCCUGUCUUUAUUCCAGCGCCACAACGAGACAAUCAACAUCUGGACUCACCUGCUGGCAUUGUUGGUGAUUCUGGUGAGACUACGGCAACUCGCCGAGACUGUGGAUUUUGUUGGCGAUCCUCAUUCAUGGCCCCUGUUGAUCCUCAUCCUGUCCUCGUUGACCUACUCGGCAUUCAGUGCAGCAGCUCACCUACUGGGUGGAAAGUCUGAGCUGUGUCAUUACAUCUUCUUCUUUCUGGACUAUGUUGGGGUAGCCCAGUAUCAGUACGGCAGUGCUAUAGUUCACUUUUACUACGCUGUGGAUGAGGGCUUGCACAGACACGUGCGUGGGAUCUUCAUGCCUGCUGCCACUGUCCUCAGCUGUCUGUCGUGCCUGGGAUGCUGCUACGGCAAGUACUUCAACCACAGCUUACCGACGUGGGUGCGUAAGGUGUGCCAGGUGGUGCCCUCAGCGCUCGCCUAUAUCUGGGACAGCAGUCCUGUGGCGAAAAGACUCAUGUCAUCGUCUCCAGCCAGCAAUGACCCAGCCAUUAUCUAUCACUUUGGCCAGGUGGCUUUCUUCCUCAGCUGCAGCUUCUUCUUUACCUUCCCUCUGCUAGAGCGCUGCUUCCCCGGGCGCUGCGAUUUCGUGGGACAGAGUCAUCAGAUCUUCCAUGUACUCUUAUCUUGCUGCACCCUGUGUCAGAUCCACGCCUCCCACCUCGACUACGUGGGCCGUAGGAAGCUGUACUCGCGUCUGCAUAAGAGCGGUGAGGCUGCUCUCUUUGUGGGACUGUAUGUGGUCACUUUGGUCGGUUGUGCGCUAGUUGUUGCCUUCAUGCUGAAGAAAGCUAAACAAGUGCUUGAUUUCAAAGCCAAGUCCAAAUGAUAGAUUAGAUGUUGUAGGAACUGUAUAAAAAACAUUUAUGUGCCUUUCCUUUUAGAUUGACAGCUUUGAUAGAAAGGGAACUAAUUAUACUGUACAUGCUACUGGCUUGUAUUAUGUCAAUAGCUGUUGCAACUUGAACAUUUCAUAACUCUGGCAGUAUAACAUAGGGUUACAGAAUGAUAUUAGGAUUUAGUAUUUUAGUACUGAUUUGUAUUAUAAUUUCACAAUAUUUUUCAUGUAUCAGCAGAGGCUGGUGUUUUUUAAGUAAUCAAAAUCAGAUUCUUAACAACCUGCAUAUGGAAUGCAUGCAUGGCCAUUUAUAAAAUCACUGCUCUAACUGAUAAAAAUACAUGACAUGCAGAUGAAUUUGUUAAAUUAUCCGGUUGUAGUAUGUUUUCCUUUCCAUACUACGAUACUGGGAUAUGUGGAAUAGCAUCUAAAAUGUAUAUAAUAAUAUAUAAUAUAAUAACAUUUCAUAUAUAUAUAUUCAAUGUUUUGUUAUUCAUGCUAUGGGGCAUAUUUAACCAAAACUAAUGGAUUUUUAGUAAUAUAAAAAAAAAUAUAUACCAUUUUACAGUGUAAUAACUGUUACUACAUGCAGGGCCAUUGUCAUUGUGCCUUGAGAGCCAAUUGUUGCACAUUUUAUAUACAAUUUAGCAAACAGUUGGUGCUGAUAGAGUACCUUGUGACUGUAACUGUUCUCAAACCCUAAAUGCCAUAAGUGUGUAGGUUCUUCAGAAACGAAAGCCUUAGGAUUUAAGUUGCCAUUUUCAUGAGUUUAUGCCAUAGACUGUAAAAUAGUAGACAUGGAAUGGCAUUUUGAAGCCUCGAGUUUGGCGCCACAGGCGUCGGCAUCUUGGUUGGUUGCAUCUUGUGACGAUUAUUGUCAAGAGGGUUGAGCUGGGUAGGAUGAUGCGCGUCAUGUUUAUGGUUGCAAUGGCGCUGUUCUAAGCUAAACGCUAAAGGGGGAAAGUUGCCGAUUUCCAACCCUUCUGAAGCAAGUCAUCCAGCUGAGUUUUACGGUCGGACCUCCCGGUACUGCUGCCAUUCAUCUGCAUGUACGGCAUUACAGAAAAUCUGAUAACUUUCCCUUCAAGUGAUGGUUCGGAGUAAUUUCACCCUAGGGUCCUUUGCACCAUGACCUCGAGCCAAACACCCCCCCCAGAAGCUUUUUUCAGCCGGGUCUAACAUCGGACGAGUUAGCGUGAUCAGCUGAAUAGCUUAGUGCAGGCACUAAUGGAUCCACGUUUGUAUCUCGUAAGUUACCCCACUAAUAAUUCCCGAAAUGAUGCCAAACUUCUACAGACAAACUUUCCAAUCCAUCGUUUUAUGAGUACAUAACCUAUGUGUACUAGUGUAGAAGUUUCGUAUCAUUUCGGGCAUUAUUAGUGGGGUAAUUUACGAGAUACAUCACUGGAUCCAUUAGC